AUGAGUAUGUGUGGUGGAGGAGAAUUAAAUAAUAAUAAUAAUAAUAAUAAUAUAACUAGCAUUGCCAGUAAAACUUAUUUUCCAUUAUUGAACAUUACCGAUGAUGAUAAUGUUGAUGAUGAUGAGGACAGUUUACGACAAUUAUUUUAUUCAAUACUAGCCAAUCAAUCGAUAAUUGUCGACAACAAUUACCCGGAAUUACGUAAUCGGAAAUACAUGAAAAAUUUGCUAAUUGUACUAGCUUAUACACUGAUAAUUAUAUUAAGUUUAUUGGGUAAUCUAUUAGUAUGUAAACUAUUUAUCAGAUGGCGUGGUUGUGGUGUUGGUUGUGGUGUUGGUUGUGGUGUUGGUGGUGGUGGCACCGGUAGGUUGACUACUACUACAGCUAAUCGUACGAUCAAUGUAUUGAUUAUGAAUCUAACCGCUAGCGACCUAUUGAUGACCGUUUUUACAAUGCCUGUAACUGUUAUCCGGCUGACAAUGGAUAACUGGCCAUUUGGCCAGGCUAUGUGUCUGGCCGUACCGUUUGUACAGGUAACAACUGUUUACGUAUCGACCAUAACAAUGGUAUUUAUAGCAGUGGACAGGUAUCAGGCACUGGUCUAUCCCUUAAAACAACGACUCAGUACACGGCUAUCGAAAUCGGUAAUAAUUGCCAUCAUUUGGCUAAUGGCCGGUGGGUUAGCCAUACCUCAUGCCCUAUGGAAUAAAACCGUACAAUUGAUGGCCGCUUUCGAUACGAUAUACCGGUGCCGUACAGUCUAUCCCCAACAUAGCGAACAACUUUAUCGUCAAGUGAUAACUGUUUUUACAUUUUUGACACAAUAUUUUCUGCCAUUAAUUGUUACAUUAGUAAUCUAUUUGACUAUAUCGACGAAAAUAUUUUCAAAAAUAAAUAUCGGCGAAAUGACGGCCAGACAAGUAUCGGCCCGUUUGCUAACCAAACGCAAGACAAUAACAAUGAUGUUAACCGUAUGUAUAGUAUUUGCCUUAUGUUGGCUACCGUUGAAUAUCUAUCAUAUUGUCAACGAUUUUGUAACAUUGGAUACAUUGGCGACAACAACCACAUCAUCAUCGCUAUCGUCGGCACCGUUAGGUAUGACAACCUUCCUGUGCUGUCAUUGGCUGGCAAUGAGCUCUGUCUGCUGGAAUCCGUUCAUCUAUUUCGGACUAAACCCUAACUAUAGGCGAGAGUUGCGCCGCGUAUUGACACUAACGGGUAGUUUGUGGCAAAAGUUUCGGAAAUUUUCCGGCAAAUCGACGACAUCGUCGACAACGCCACUGACUAACACACAAAACAAUUAUGAAUUGAUUAGACAGACGACUAAUACAACAUUGUUAGGUAGUGUCGGUAGUGGUGGUAGUAGUGGUGGACAACUGUCCCGUCAGAGUAGUCAGUAGAGCUAC